CUUAUUUAUCGAGCACAUCUAUCAAUAUUAUACCAUUUCGACAAUUUUAUAAACACAACUGAUUACUAGAGUAGAUUGAGUGCGUGUUGUGAGGCAUCCCACGAUCAGACACUAUGCCGAGCGAAACAGACAGACUAUUGGCGGAGCACACGGACAACACCAACAGCAAUGGUACCAACCAAAAUACAGCACAACAUGGCAGCAAGUUGAAAUCACAAGUGACAGAGGUCGCAUCGUUGGAUGGCGAUGUACCCUCAUCUGGCGACGAAGACCCUUUCACAUCGCACUCGAACGUAUUAAGAUUCGAAUGGGAAGAUACACGCGCUGAAGUGGCCUCGAGGCUACACCUACAGGAGAUAUGGGAUACGUGCGAGGUGUAUCCCGAGUGGCAGAGGCGGCUGCUUAUCAAAGAGAUCGGAUCUGCAUACUUACGGUACAGUAUACCUUUACAUAUACUAGAGUACCGCAUCACUAUGAUUGCUAUGAGAUUGCACGAGCGUGUCAGGCUUUCCCAUACAUCAUCGGGGGCACUACUUAUACUGUUUUGCGAAGAGAAAGUUUUCGUAGACAGGCCAGACGGUGACAAAGAUGCCAAUCGAGAAUACGUCGAGUUGGUCCCGGCGGGAAACAAGGAUGUAAAUCUGGCCAAAAUGGUGGAUGUCGAGAAAGUCGCAGAUAGCAUUAUAAACGGGCAGUCUUGCCGGACAGCACUGAAGCGCUUGAUAGAGAUACGACAUGCGCCCGAUACACCCUGGCCCAAGUGGGCGUAUAUACCGGCCGCUGUGGGCUUUGUCGUAGGUUACGGCCCGCUAUAUAACGGUGCUGGUGUAUAUGAGACACUAUGUGCUGCAUUAGUAACCUUGAUUGUGAGCUCACUAGAGGUGUACUGGAGUGUCUUUCAUCGUGUAGGUUUGGGUAAACAGAUGCUGGUUGCAUUCCUUGCUGCUAGUGGCGUGGCUAUAUUUCACAUAUACAUCCAGCAAAUCAAUGUCAUGAACGCAAUUAUGACGAGUCUUACCUGCCAUCUCCCCGGGUUAGCUCUGACCAAUGCACUUACGCACGUAGUCUUUGGAUACAACCAUGUAGGUGCACACGGACUCGUGCAAGUGUUGGUGGUGUCUGCUAAUCUCGGGGUGGGUGUGAUUGGCGGAUUGACCUUCGUGGGAAGUCUUUCGGGCCAUAUUAUUUUGCCGAGUCUGGCUCCAGUAUCGCAAUUCGCAUGGUAUAUACCGCAUAUCUCGAUUGUCUUAUCGUUGGUGCCCACAGUUAUCUUAAACAAGGGAAAGUUGUCGCAUCUCCAUUGGUACGCGCUCGGUACCUUUGCCGCAUACUAUGGCACCCAAUUCGGACACAAAGUGAUGGGUAUUGACCAGUUUGCCUCGUGUGUGGGUGCUACGGUAACUGGUGUGAUCGCCAAUGCAUAUGGAAACUAUACUGAUAGUGGGCCAGCCAUAGAACUCGUGCUUAUAUCUAUAAUUGCGAUUGUGCCGGGAAGCUUCACGCUGAAUUUCACGACGGCUAUGGAUACUGCAAGCUCCAUCUCGCUUGCGAGAGACAUGAUGAUCGUAGCUCUGUCGAUCGUCACCGGACAAUUUAUUUCAUGCGCUAUCCUACCACCAAAACGACAGCUUUAAUCCGUAUCAGGAGCUGUAAGCUGCUGGUUAGGUACUGCUGUGAACAACAUAUUUAUCAAAAGACACGGGAAGUGCACACGGUAGACCGAAUGGUGACCCGAGUUAUGGUACAAUACACACCAUGCAGCUAUCUCCCUGGGCCCUGGGGGUGAAUCUACAAAAUAUGUCGGUAUCAAAAAAUCAAGACAACAAAUAUUUUAAUUUUAGAAAUUUAGCAUAGCCCCUCGUUUUUAUUACAUUAGUAGGCUAUGAAUCAUUAUAUUGAAUUUAGCAAGAAUAAAUACACUUGUGUGCUGGCGGCUGCACACCAUCUUCUCUUGGGAAUAUACGUAUCUUCUCUUGAUCAUUCUUCUAUUAUUCCUAGUGGUUUCUACGUCCACAUCCCACGAUACAGAUCAACUCACUCUACUGCCUUGUCGCCAAAAGAGAUAAACUACAAAUAGCAACAUCGAUACGCUAGUUAGUUUCUUCAUCAAGGUUGUGACUAUAAGCUUUAACGCAACGCAUAAUUCUGCCCCAGAAGCUCAGUGUGCAAGGAAUUGGUCAG